AUGAAGGACCGGCUGGAGCAGCUCAAAGCGAAACAGGAUGCAGAUGAUGACACUGAGGAGCUGGAGAUCGCUGUGGACAACACAGCGUUCAUGGAUGAGUUCUUCUCAGAGAUCGAGGAGACCCGGCAGAACAUCGACAAGAUCUCGGAGAACGUGGAGGAGGCCAAGAAGCUUUACAGCGUCAUCCUCUCAGCCCCCAUCCCCGAGCAGAAGACCAAAGAUGACCUGGAGCAGCUGACGACAGACAUCAAGAAAAUGGCCAACAGUGUCCGCAACAAGCUGAAGAGCAUGGAGAGGAACAUUGAGCAGGAUGAGGACAGGUCCUCUGCUGACCUCCGGAUACGCAAGUCCCAGCACUCGGUCCUGUCCCGCAAGUUCGUGGAUGUGAUGACCAAGUACAACGAGGCCCAGGUGGAUUUCCGAGAGCGCAGCAAGGGCCGGAUCCAGCGGCAGCUCGAGAUCACCGGCAAGAACACGACGGACGAGGAGCUGGAAGAAAUGCUGGAAAGCGGGAACCCCUCCAUCUUCACCUCGGGGAUCAUGGACUCGCAGAUCUCGAAGCAGGCGCUGAGCGAGAUCGAGGGGAGGCACAAGGACAUCGUGCGGCUGGAGAGCAGCAUCAAGGAGCUCCACGACAUGUUCGUGGACAUUGCCAUGCUGGUGGAGAACCAGGGAACCAUGAUCGACCGCAUCGAGAACAACAUGGACCAGUCCGUCGGCUUCGUGGAGCGGGCGGUGGCCGACACCAAAAAGGCUGUGAAGUACCAGAGUGAGGCCAGGAGGAAGAAGAUCCUGAUCAUGCUGUGCUGCAUCAUCCUUGCCAUCAUCUUGGCUUCCAGCAUCGGGAGCAUCUUCGCCUGA